CUGAGUGGAGUUGCCAGGAGGCAAGACAGGAACAAGUACUAUCUAUAGAAGAAGCUGGAGACAUUAUGCUGGACACACCAUGAGCCGGCGGCUUGAACAAUCCGAAACAGUAAAGCUGACAGCCUACCAUGACAGUAAGAAGAGCUAUUCUCAGAUCUCCCCUAAAAGUCGCAGAUCUGGGCAGUAUACAAUGAAUCAUGAAAAUGUAAAUGAUAAAGUAUCUUUCAACCGAUCUGGAUCACAAGAUUCAUUAGAUGAACUGUCUCUGGAGGACUAUUGGAUCGAAGUAGAGAACAUUAAGAAGGACACUGAUAGUAGUCAAGAGAAACAAGAUGUUGUUAAGGAACCAGGUGAGGGAGAACAGGAAGAAGAAUGGCUCAAGGAAGCUGGUCUGUCCACUCUAUUUGGCGAGGGUUCCGCUGAUUCUCAGGAGAGCAUGGUGUUGUUAGCUACUCUGACCAAGACUCAGUCUGCAGCUGUCCAAAAGAGAAUUGAUACUUUCUCACAGACGUUGAGGAAAAAAAACAAGCAUCAUCAGAUUCCUGAUGUCAGGGAUGUGUUCAAGCAGCCGGCAGUCUUAAAAGACAAAGAUGAAGGUUUAAAUGUGUUUCAGUCUGCCAAAACAAGUGAAGCAGUACAAGAAGAGCCUGAAGAAAAAUCAGAUGAUGAUCUAGGUAGUAUACCACCUCAAGAUACAAACGAACAGACAAGCCCUGCUGAAGAUGUCCCUCUUCCUGAAACUGACAUCAAUCUGGAGAUUUCAUUUGCCGAGCAGGCUUCCAAUGUCAAAGAGUUUCCUGGAGUUAGAAAUGAGAAGGAAGAUGACUCUUUUUUACCAAACUUCAGAUUUCCACAAGAUAAAACUGGAAUCACUAAGAUUGGUGACUUAGCCCCGCAGGAUAUGAAAAAGGUGACUUCUCUAGCGCUCAUCGAGCUGACUGCACUGUAUGAUGUCCUAAAUACAGACCUUAAAUUUCAAAGAGCUGCAAAAGUAAAAGUUAAAGAGACUGGAGUUUUCCGGGUACCUCUAUCUGCUUUGUUGGAACAAGAUCAGAAGAAAGAACCAGGCACAAAGGUCCCACUCAUCCUUCAAAGUCUGAUUGGUCACAUAGAAAAGUGUGGACUAGACACAGAAGGUAUUCUGAGAAUACCUGGAGCUUCUUCAAGGGUUAAGGCUGUGUGCCAGGAACUGGAAGCCAAGUUUUAUGAAGGAACAUUCAACUGGGAUACAGUGAAGCAUCACGAUGCUGCCAGCCUUCUGAAGUUUUUAAUUCGCGAGCUCCCUCUGCCAUUACUCACUGUGGAAUACAUGAAAGCUUUUCAUUCUGUGCAGUACCUCCCAUCAAAAAAGCAUAGGCUCCAAGCUCUGAAUCUACUGGUCAUUUUGCUGCCUGAAAUACACCGCAACACCCUAAAGGCUUUGCUUGAAUUCCUUCAGAGGGUCGUUGAUCACAGAGAGCAGAACAAAAUGACUCUGAAGAAUGUUGCCAUGAUCAUGGCUCCCAAUCUCUUCUCUGACCAUACCUCCUUAUUAAAAGGUAUAGAUCAAGGCGUUGUGACCAGUGCAGCCAAAACAGCUUCCAUCAUGCUUUUCAUGAUCAAAUACCAGAAACUCCUGUGGACGAUUCCAAAGUUCCUUGUUGCGCAAGUAAGGCAACAAAACAUUGUCAGCCAAAAGAAAAACCUCAAGGAAAAAGCUAUGAAGAAGCUCUUAAAAAGGAUAGCAUAUGAUCGAGAAAAGGCAGAAAAAAGCCAUGGUGAUAAUGAUAAACCCCCGGGAUUUAUACGGGUACAAGCGCCUCAGUUUUCCAAAGUUUCUAUGGGGGUACAGCUAACCGAAGAUUUAAAAGCAGGUGACAUUCUGGCACGCUUCCUCAAUCUAGAAAGUGCCAGUGGUUCUUCGGUGACUCUGUCAAGAGAAGAAGUUUGUUUAUAUGAAAUUGGAGGAAAUAUUG